CAGCUCCAGAAACGUCAACUUUCUAGGUUACAAAAACAUAACAAUGUAGUAUUUUUUGUAUGGUUUUAUUUAUGUAUCGCAUUUUGAUCCCCGAUGAUUCCGAAAAGGAAAAUGAUCGACCUUUCCGUUUUGAAAUAUGAAUUUUUCUGAUAAUUAUACUGACAAAUACUCGUAUACAACAGUUCCUAAUAUUGUUACACAUAACGAUGCCAAAUACCUUAUUGUACCAUUACUUGUGAUCGUUUUAAUCGUUCUGUUAUCUAUACUGGUGUAUUACUUGUUGAAAAUGAGAAGGAACAGAAAAUUCAGGUUGAACGUUUUGACCUUAUAUGAAUUUGACUCCCGAGAGCAAGAAUGGGAAUCUUUGAGUGAAAGCGUCGAAUACCCCAAUUAUAAUGCAAUCGCAUCUUCGUCACUUUAGGACCGAAAGAAAUUUAUGAACUUAUUCCCCAGUGAAUCAGUAUUUUGAAUCAAAUAAUUGAAAAUUUAUUAAUUGAAUUAUUUAUUUAAAUUAUAGUGAAAUAUAUUGCGAUUUACAGUU